AAGCCGUGUCGUCGACGGAAGCCAGGCGCUGCGUCUCGUCUUCCGACAGUUAUUCCUUUAAAGGCGCAUUUAAAGCCCUGGCUUCAGUCGUGGGAGCAGUGGACAGCCUGUGAAGCAGCAGCAUUCUGCCGCAGAGCCAGAGCAGCGACCGUCCGACCUCCCGGUGGACACAAACACUGAGCCGACUGGCUGUCAACGACCCGGCGAGGAUCGACUGCCCGGUUUGACAUCCACAGCCAGGACCAAAGGAACAACGUCUCGGGGACAUUUAUGAAGCUUUCGAUGCCUUUUGAUUAAUCAGCCAAUCGAUGGGGAUUUUUACAGGAGCUCCGCCCGCCAUCGCCACCCGCCCUCCUCCCCCCUCCAACUGCAGCCUGUUGCUCGCCCCCACCCACACCAUCAUCCAGCCCCCCAGACACAAAAUGACUCUGGAGCUCACCGAAUGGUCUUCUAUAUGGAUUUUUACUGCUUGUAAUAGACAGUAAAGAAACACAAAGCUGCAAACCUCAAUGACAAAAAAGCCAUAAAUACCCUAUGCACCCACACACACACAUCCACACACUCACAAGCACUCUCACACACAACACAUGCAAACACUGGCAUACCAACAAACCAAAUAAAUGUUCAAGCAGUAUCUCACACACCUCUCAAGCCAACACAAGGAAGGAAACGCACAAAGCCUCUCUUGGAAUGUACCACUCACUCUUCCAGUGAAAUACAACUGCUCACUUAUUUUUUGGGGAUUUUGUAUAAGCCUCGGAAAGCUGAUUUGCAUUUCUUUUAACUGGGUGGAAAACAAGAAGGAUUUAAUUUGAAGUUGCAGUAUUUUUUUUAUUUAUUUUUUUUGGAGGACAACUUGUUUGGGGCACAAGUCGUUGUGGAUUUCUUUUUGGCUUUCUCCUCUUUUAGAUCUGAGAAAAUUCUUGAUAGAUUGAGAAAUUGUAGCUUAUUCUCCAGUUAUUUAACAUUUGUAGGCAUUUUAUUUUAACUAGAACAUUUUGUUGUUGAAUACUUACAGGUCAGUCUGUUACAUCCACUGGUUGCAGUUUGUAGCUUGACAAAAUUUGAGUGAAUUGCUUUAAGAAACGUACUGUUAGUUUGAAAUAAGCUGCAACAAACUUGAUACAAUAAGUUUGUGUUUACCUUUAGGAGUUGCAAAAUAUUCACAGCUUUUCUGCGCUAGAAGGGGAGUUUUCUUGUUGCGUGCAUGCCCUCCACCAUGCCUCCGCAGAACACAGAGGCUGACACCAUGCAGGUCGGGUCUCUGGUUGGCGGGAUCGGCGCCAAGAAAUCCAGCGCAUCGGGCCCGGAGGAGGAAAACGCAGGAGCAGGCGGCGAGGCGGAUGGAUUGGGGGGCGAAGGAGGAGGCAAAGGAGGGGAGGAGUCGGCAAGCGAGGCGUCCAUUGAAGGUAUUCCCUUGAAGAGAUGGGUGAUGCACGGCGCAGUGAUGUUUGGCCGAGAGUUCUGCUACGCCAUGGAGACGGCACUGGUGACACCUGUGCUGCUGCAGAUAGGUCUUCCGGAGCAGUACUACAGUCUGACCUGGCUCCUCAGUCCGGUUCUGGGCCUCAUGUUCACGCCGCUGAUCGGCUCGGCCAGCGACCGCUGCACUCUGCGCUGGGGCAGGAGGAGGCCGUUCAUCCUGGCCCUCUGCAUAGGAGCCCUGAUUGGAGUGGCGCUGUUUCUGAACGGGUCGUUGAUAGGUCUGUUGCUUGGCGACGAGGAAGGCAGACAGCCAAUAGGCAUCGUUCUCACUGUGCUGGGCGUUGUAGUGCUGGACUUCUGUGCAGACGCCACAGAGGGACCAAUCAGGGCGUACUUGCUGGAUGUCGCGGAUACGGAGGAGCAAGACAUGGCGCUCAACAUCCACGCCGCUUCUGCUGGCCUCGGCGGUGCAGUCGGCUACGCUCUUGGAGGUUUGGACUGGACGCACACGUUUCUCGGAGCGAUCUUUAAGUCCCAGGAGCAGAUCUUGUUCGUUUUCACUGCCUUCCUGUUCACCAUCUCAGUGGUUCUCCACCUCUUAAGCAUUGAAGAACAGCAAUAUUCGCCACAGAGCGACCGGCUCGAUCAGGAGAGUCCAAACUCCAACCACCUGCAGCCGUCAGCUAAUGGCAGGCCUGGACUUCUUGCUCCCAAGCUGGAAAUGAUCGGCGAGGAUGAUACGAUAGAAACCUACGACUUCUACGAUUACGGUGACGAUCAUUCAGAGCAAGGAGACAUGGACUUUCUGGAAGUAGAGCUAGUCAGAAGUAAAAGCGACAGCGUUCUCGCCAUGGCGGACGCCACCCUCGACCAUCUGGACCACGACGCUCUGUUCCUGUGCCACCUGGAGCCAUCCAUCUUUGCCGAGCGCCUCUCGCCUUACCACGGGACUCCCCCGAGGAUCCCGUCCUUCUUCAGCCCCGACCACAGCAGCUCCCGUCCGCGGCUCGCCAGCAUCAGGCGCAGCAGCAGCGCGGGCAGCGAAGACUUGCUUCGCUCCCACCCCGGCAAUCAACACACACACACUCCCGCGCCCAGGAUCUCCCGCCUGUCAGCUUUCCUGCAGGAGAUGGAGAACGACGACGGGCAGGAGGCCCUGCUGAACAACCAGCUGAAUGAGCAGCGGACUCUGAACGGGCGACUGUUGGCCAGCGUGACGAACGCAGACACAGGGAGUUCAGACAGGCUGAGCUGUAAAGGACAAGCACACCGUGCCGGGAUGGUCAAAGCCGCCAGCACCGGAGCUCCCAUGCGACAGCCGCGCCGCCAUCACACCUUCUACCGCCAGCCGUCCUGCACCUUCUCAUACUACGGCCGCGUGGGGAGCCACCGUUACCGCUACCGCCGAGCCAAUGCUGCCCUCCUCAUCAAGCCGUCUCGCAGCAUGAACGACCUGUACGAAGUGGAGGCCCGACACAGGAGGCGGAACAGGAGGCGGAGCAGACACCGCAGCGGGAAUACGAACUCCUCCAGCGGGGACACAGAGAGCGAGGAAGGCGAGGUUGAGACCACCGUACGUCUGCUGUGGCUGUCCAUGCUGAAGAUGCCUCCAGAGCUGCUGCGACUCUGCGUCUGUCACCUGCUCACCUGGUUCUCCAUCAUUGCUCAGGCAGUGUUCUUCACAGACUUUAUGGGACAAGUCAUCUACGAAGGAAAUCCUACGGCUCCUGCUAACUCGACCUCAUUAGAAAAUUACCACAGAGGGGUUCAGAUGGGAUGCUGGGGGCUGGUUAUCUACGCCAUGACUUCUGCUAUAUGCUCAGCUGUUCUUCAGAAGUAUCUGGACAACUUUGACCUGAGCAUCAAGGUCAUCUACGUCAUGGGAACUCUUGGAUUCUCAAUAGGAACUGCUAUAAUGGCAAUCUUCCCUAAUGUGUAUGUUGCCAUGGUGAUGAUCAGCACCAUGGGCCUCAUCUGUAUGAGUAUCUCCUACUGCCCCUACGCGCUGCUGGGACAAUAUCACGAAAUGAAAGAGUACAUCCAGCACAGUCCUGGUAACUCCCGCCGAGGGUUUGGGAUCGACUGCGCCAUCUUGUCCUGCCAGGCUUACAUCAGUCAGAUCCUGGUGGCCUCAGCUCUGGGCGCCGUAGUGGAAGCUGUGGACAGUGUGAUCGUCAUUCCCAUGGUGGCCUCUGGGGGCUCUCUUCUUGGGUUCUUCACCGCCUGCUUCUUGGUCAUUUACCCAACACCAAACAAUGGGGAGGCGGACUCCACCAAAUCUUCAGAGAAACAGGCCUUGACAACGGUGGAAAACUCAAGCAGCAACGAAGGCCCCGUUACCGUGGUGACAGAGAAACCUACCUUCCUGAAGCUCAACAAGGAGGGAAAGGCGGCCACCACCACCACUUCCUGUCACGUGGAGAACGAGUCUGCUCUGUGAUUGGCUUGCAAAAUAGAGUAAAUUGACCAUUGGAAGUGAAUCGUUGGAUGAGACUAAAAUGUUAGCUUGGUCCUUCUCUGGGUUUUCGCUUUUUGAGACACUAAAUAAUUCAAUCUGCUGUGAAGGCCGGUGUCGCGUCACAUCAACUGGUCCAAGUUCUUCUUCAGCAAUCGGCAGAAGUUGGAUCGACACUCAGGUGUAUCCGAGUCAUCCAGGAUGAGGCUGUUUGUGUCUCUCAGGGGUUUCUGAGAGGAAACUUUAAUAAAAACUCUUUCUGGGGUCAGACGGACACCUUUACUCUGAACACUGCUGAUGAACAUUAGUCCUUAACGCUGCAAUCGUUACAAAAAAAAAUGCUGAAAAUUGUUCUUCCUCAGCCUGGAGUCAACUUGAUCGAACUUUCGCUGAAGCUGAUGGAUGUAUUUGUCUCCGGCGGAGGCACUGCGUUCACCAAAACAACAAAGCACUCAGCUUUGCGGGACUUUUCCAGCGCUCUGCGACAGUAGCUUUAAGACUCUAAAGACUUUUGGAAGAGGUGUUUCUGAUCCUCUGAGCUCAAAGCCUGGUACCUGGGGAAUAUUUAUCACUCUCUCCCCUGAAGUCAAUUGCAGAUGUUUUGCUUUUGCUCUCUUCCACAUUGCAGCAAUUUUUGUCUGUCUGUUUCUUGCAUGACAAAUAUGAUAUAUCAUAUGAUCUGCUCUGAGGAAAAGCAAGUUUAUUUAAUAUAAUUCCAGAAAAGAAAAAGCAAGGUAUGCAGUUUACUGGGCAUUACAAUCCCAAAUAUUGUUCCACUGACAAGUCAGAAGGUUUUGAUUUAUCACAGCUAAGCUACAUGCUGCAGCUUUAUUAAGCAGAGACAAAAGAAAAAACUUAUUUUUUUUAUUUUUUGCUGUAAGCAAAACAGCAAACUGGUUUGAGUCAGCUUUUACAGUGGGCUGCAGGGUUCAGCAAGAAAAAAAAAAGGUUUAUUUAAAAUCACUUUUUGCAGGUUUAGAAAGGAAGCAGCAGGAUGGAGACCAGAGAAGUGCAAAAUGUGUUAAGGGUUACGAUCAAGUUUUUUAUUGUUCAUCGUUAAUGGGCCAAAUUUAAAAAAUGGAAAAAGUCUUUGCUUUCCUCUUGUAGCACUUUGCUUUAAAGUCUGUUGGAGAGCUGGAGAGGGGAGGAUUGGCUGAAGAAAAAGGAUGUUUUUAUGGGUUUGGAGGUUAAACUUUUGACUUCCCAGUCCGGUUUUGGGAUGAGCAUAUUGGCAAUUGUAGUAGCAUUUGGAUGGAGAAUAAGCUUUUUGGUUAUUUGGAUUCAACUAAGAAUGGGUUCUUGUUUCUGUCCUGGACCUCUCAGAGGGCUCAGCCUUGCUGUAGUAUGAGCGAUGCCCCACAUAAAUACGCACGUGUUACGAAGCUGCAGGUAUGAAAAGCAGUAGAGUGCAGAUAAAGAAGUGAAACUAGCAAUAAAAAUAUUACUUCAACCAGUUAAACCAGAUUAGUUUUCUUCUGUAUUUUCAGGCACAGUGUACACAAUAGACAACGCCUUGUAAAAGUAUUUGAACAUUUUCCACAUUUUGUCUCUUUACAACCUUAAACAUCAAUGCGUUUAACUCUGGCUGGAGUGUUUUGUAGCCUGAAAUUGCCAACAAAAGUAUAAUUGGUAUAAAUACUCUUUCAAGGUUCUGUAAAUUCGGUGAGCAGAGUGGUAUUUGUGCUUAUGGGGAAAAAGAAAAGGAGAUAUGGGACAAUGACAGAUAACCUGAUGCACUACUUAAGUUGAAUCUGUAAACACAAAGGCAAUACCAUAUUUUGAAUUAAAUGCAUGGACACUCAACUUCACCAGGGUUCUGGAGAUUUGCAUGCUACAGCAGCAAUUUGCACGUGUAGAACACCAAAGUGUGACUCUGUACAAAUGGCUCAAACCCUUUUCCUUUGUCGUCCUAACUGGUCAGGGGCCUAGAAUUUUUAACGGAUAGCUGGAUGUCAGUGUCUUUGUUUUUUUUUUUUUACUUGAAAUGUGUGAAAACAUGCACUUUUGAGAUGGGCAUGUGCUGCAGUCGGUCUGCACUCUAAAGAAGCUCGUAACCUUUUCGCUUCCAGUUUUGCACAAAGCGGCAGACGACGUUUGUCGUCAUUUUUCAAGCAGCCGAGACGCUCAGACGUGGGAUUGUCCUUCGACAUGAAGCUCCUGUUUUCUUGUUUUUUUGAUGAGACUCUCUGGGCCGCAAAUACUUGAAGUGCAAGUUGAGUGUUUCUACUCCCUUUGUAGCGAGAAAGUGUUAGAAAGGUGUUUGUUUUUUGCCUUUUAGAUGAAUGUUCAGACAGCACGGCCCCACCAGUGGCCUGCUGGGAGAUUGAGUUCUUAACCUUUGAUUCCAUCUUGUGACUAAAAUGAAUGUGAGCUGAUUUCAGCUGAAAUCGUUCUUGUUUCGGAUGUUCGACGAGUCAGGGUGAGCGUGCUGAUAUUGCAUAGAACUUGCACAUAAGUUUAAAAAAAAAAAAAAACAGCAACACAAUGCAGUGGAGUUAUGUUGCAGAAGACAGAGCUAACUGUGGAUAUUUAUUUUUUAAACUUUAGCUUCUCUAAAGCGACAGCUUCACUUAGUGUUGAGAAGACAAAGGUAAAGCCAUUUUAUUUGGUGUCAUGGGUGAUGCUAAAGGGGUAAACUGGAGUGUGUCUCUCGGGGUGUGUGGGAUGUGCUGUUCACAUUUAAAGCAGAAGACAGGCUUUACAAACCGUCAUCUCAGUGUUUGUUUUUGGUUCUUGUUCUGUUUUUUUUUUGUUUUUUUUGCAAACGCCUGGUUUACACUUAACUCUGGAAACGUCCGCUGCAAUACUGAAAUACAGGUCUCUGUUUUGAUGUAAAAAAAUAAAUAAAUGGUUGUACUUGUUUUCUCGGGCCGAGCCACUCGCAAGUUUAGCUUCUGCACUUUUCCAGUGGCCACUAUGUUGGUUUUCCUGAUGGGUGCAUGAAUGUGGAGACUCCGUGAAGCUGUUUCUGUUAUUCCAGCGAGCAGCGAGUCGCUGCAACCUGUCGAAACUCAAGAGUGUGGCUGUACCUCGAGUGCUUUGUGUGGUUAACGGCGGAGGAGAAAAAUGCCUAUAUACUCUGAUUUUAAUAGAGAUUAAAUCAAGACAGAUAUUUAAAGAACGGGAAAGCAGUUAUAUGCCGUGUAAUUAAUAAAUAUAUACAUAUAUUAUGCCUUGUUCACUGAAAAGAUGUAAAUAUGUGUCUCUUUUUAGUUUCUUCUUUUUUGCUGCUAUAAAAAAGAUGAUUAUUUUUGUUAGUAGAUCUGUUUUCUAUAUAAAGCCUGAAUAUUUCUCUCUGAAUAAAUAUGCUUGAGCCUCCA